AGUUCCCACUAUCAUCAAAGUACAACACCGUGACUCUGAAUUGAAGCAACGUAGAAAAAAAACGUUCAGUCGUCUUCAGGCACUUUUGAGUAACCCGUGUGCGUAAAAUUUCGCGAUCGUAAAAAUCGUCUCGGUGUAAAAAAUUUGCUGCUGGGUGGAAAAUUUUCCUUCCUCUAUAGAUCGUCUAUGAGUGAAGCCUUGUGUGACACCUUCCGACCGUCGAUCCGCAGCUCGGGACGGAACUGAAAGCUAAAAUACCCAUUGAACUUUACAAACAUUACCGGAUUCUGUUCGGUUGUGCGAAACGUACACCAUCAGUGCGGAAACCAGUGCUCUGUGUUUACCGAGUGUCAUCUUUACCCGGGGGAGGUUUGAAAACAAAAAAAGGUAGUUUGGAUUCAGUUAGCUUGAAGGAAGAACGCAUCCCACUGUCACAGGUGGCGAUAGUGCUGUAUGUGGUAGUUGGAGAAAGAAAGAGAGAACCGAAAGGAAAGGUAUUAAUCAAAGUGCAAAGUGCAGUAAAGAAGAAAAAUCUGGACCGUGUCGAUCCGGCCAGUUGUUGUGAUCCGUCAGUGUCAUUUGUUGGUGCCAACUCAGUGUCGGUGAGAGUGCCGGUGAUCCCGUCUGGUCGAAGUGCUGCACCUGCACCCGACCGUUAUUUCUCUUUCCCCGAAUCCAUUCGGGUGGCCCUGUUAAUCGCAUUAUUGCGCCUGUGUGUGUUUUUGGACGACAAAGCAUCUUGUAGGCUAAACGAAAGAAGAAUCAGAAAAGGAGUGCAAUUAAUUUUCGGUGUGUCCUCCGGCGUCAUCAUGAACGUGAUGAACAAUAGUAGCGGCGACGAGGAGCAGGUCGAAUGCCCACUGUGCAUGGAACCACUGGAGGUGGACGAUCUCAACUUCUUCCCGUGUACGUGUGGCUAUCAGAUUUGUCGGUUCUGCUGGCACAGGAUCCGCACCGAUGAGAACGAGCUAUGCCCUGCGUGCCGGAAGGCCUACCCGGAAAACCCGGCCGACUUCAAGCCGCUGUCGCAGGAGCAGAUUGCGGCGUUCAAGGCGGAGAAGCGGCAACGAGAUCAACAGCGGAAGGCGAAAGUUUCCGAAAACCGCAAACAUCUGGCUAACGUGCGGGUGGUACAGAAGAACCUGGUGUUCGUCGUUGGACUGCCGCCGAGAUUGGCUGAUCCCGAGACUUUGAAAAAACACGAAUACUUCGGCAAGUACGGGAAGAUUCAUAAAGUUGUGUUGAAUAAUAGUACAACGUACGCAGGAGUCCAGGGUCCGUCGGCGUCGGCGUACGUUACGUACAUCAACAAUAACGAUGCACUGAAGGCCAUCCAUAGCGUCAACAACAUUAUGAUCGAUGGACGGUUGAUAAAGACAAGCUUAGGUACCACCAAGUAUUGCAGUCACUUCAUGAAGAACCAAACGUGCCCAAAACCGGACUGCAUGUAUCUGCACGAGUUGGGCGAUCAGGAGGCUAGUUUUACGAAGGAGGAGAUGCAUCAGGGGAAGCACCAGGAGUACGAGAAACGGCUCCACGAUACGAUGCAGGCGCAGUUAGGAUUGGCACCCUCCGGGGGCACAACGGCGGGUUCGGUGAAUGGCAACGGCGGCAGCAACAGUGCCGGUGGUGGUGUCGUCAAUGGCAACAGUAAUGGCAAUGGCAACGGUACCGGAACCGGCACCACCACGAACGGUAUUCUCGCAAACGGUACAAACGGCAAUGGUAAAACAGGUGAUUCUAAACAUAUUAGCGACAUAACCAAUGGACAAAAUAAAGAAGCUUGGCCAAGCUUAUCCACUACGCCAAUCAACAGUAGCACUCAUGGCAAUGGAGGCGGCGGUAGCAAUAAGGAGAAUAAGAUUAACGGUAAAACAGUCGGAAGCAACAAGGAGAACGGAGGUCGCGGAGACAGGAAGCACGAAAAGUCUCGAACGAAAGGUGGUCGGAAACACCGUGGUGGUCGGGAAGGUAAUCGCAAUCGGGAUAGAGCUCGGGAUCGGGACCACCAUGGCAAAGAGCACGGAAUCAAAGACAGUCACAGUAAGCGCAAUUCCAGUAGUAGCAGUAGCAGCAACAACCGAAGCAGCUGCAGCAGUAAUCUUAACAAAGAUAGUACAAUUUCGGCGGCCACCAUUGUCAAUGGCAUUGCGAACGAUACCGGCAGAACAAACGGCGAUAGCGUUGUGGCUGUGAGCAGUGCGUUCAGUGCUACCAGUACUACUAACUCCUCAGAGAUCAUUAGCAACAGUGGCAACGAUAGCAAUGAUAAGCUGGCCGUCGUAGUCAACAGUCAUCUGAAUGGGGUUGACGACAGUGUCAAGGAAGAGCAAAACAAUAGCAAAAAUUUGAAACUUAUUGGCAACGGUUGCAGUAGCAGUGGAAGCAGUUUAAGUACAGACGGUAAGUCGGCACCGCAACUAGACGACCUGGAUGAUGAUGACGACGAGCUUGACUUUGAGGAUCUGGACAAUGAUGCGCUCUCAUCGGACAACGAUGGCAAAACGGAUACGCCGUCGCUGAGCAGUAGCGGUUCCUCGCGUGCAGGUGGAGACAGUGGUAGUACACUGAGUGAAACGGCCAGCGGAAAAAGUUCCCCGACUGCAUUCCCCGAUCCAUUGGCUGUUGUAAAUACUGUGAUAUCGACCGGUAACACGACGACAACCAUCGCCAUCGCCACCAGUCAGGCGUCUUCGGAUGAAACCGUUGUCAAUGGUGCCAUCACGACAGUCAACGUCGCCAUUACCAAUGGUAUUAGUAGCAGUAGUAGCACUUUCUCCACCUCCUCGUCCGCUUUAGCAUCCGAUGACAAGAGUUGCAGCGACAGUACUGAACCCGUGAUAUCGCCAUCACCAUCAUUGUUUGACAGUGACGUUGAUGGCACCAACCUAACCACUACAACCGUCACGACUUCGACGGCUAACAAACAGCAACAGCAGCAACCGCAACCGCCAAAUGACAUAAAUAAGACCAACAGUCUAAUCGAUAACGCCACCUCGCGGUUCUCCAAGCUAGGCAUUUUUGAUGACAACUGCAGUUUCUUCUCGUAUAGUGCAUUCGAUAGGUUCAGCUUCAACAAAGACAGCCCGGAUGGUAGCCAAACGACUGGUCUCACAUCCUCCCAGCUACCAGAUCUCCUCAGCGGUACAAAUGAUUCCAACGAGCAGCAAACGAAAGAGAUCCUCAAGAACCUGGGAAAUAUUCAGCAGCAGCAGCAGCAGCAACAACAACAACAACAACAGCAACAGCAUCAUUUACUGAACAAUGUGCAUUUGCAGCAGCAGCUGAAUGGUCUGGGUCUUGGAAAUGGUGGUGUCGAGAGCCUGGCGGGGCUUGGCAGUAGCACCACCGAUGAUUGGGAUGCAGCCUUCAGCAAGUACGUGAUGCGCAACAAACUGGACGUUGAACAUCACGAAGAACUGUUACGGGUGCAGGAGCUACAGAAGCGUAACCUCAUUAAUAGUGGACUGAACGGGUCGCAAUUCAAUGGCUUUAACGGAGACUAUGCAGAUUACUUCCACAACACGAACGAACUUAAUAGCAGGUUGCUUAGUCAGCAACAACAUCAGCAUGCUCAUCAGCGUUUACAGCAACAACAGCACUCCGACAUGAAUCACAUCUAUGCAGGCAACAUGUCGAAGUUCUUCGAUUUUCACAAAAACCAGCAGCAGCAACAGCAAGCCGCACAACACCAGCAGCAGCAAAGUCAACAAUUUUUACUCAACGGACACGCGCCACUGGCCGUACCGGAUCCGAUGAACAUUGCCGGCUUGAUCGAUAACAAUCGGUUAAGCUCCCAUUUCCUAGAACAACACACGAAUGGUUUGCUAGGUUCUCAACACGCCCAGAAGCAGCGAAUGCUCAAUGGCCAGCUGAGUGCUCAAAGUAUCCUGUUGAACGGGGCUAAUCCACAGCAACAGCAGCAACAACCACAACAACCACAGCAACAACCGCAACCAAACACCAGGCUUCACAAUCCACAGCAGCCGCAACUGCAGCAGUAUCCACAACAAAAUCCCGUCGUAGACGACGACUUAGGCUUCGACCCGUUCUUCGAAACCCAGAAGGGACUAGCAGAGCUAAUGAAUGACGAGAUAAACCAACAGCAGAUACCGCCGAAUGUUGCAGCCGGAAGCCACAGUAAAUUGUUAGAGAAUGUUCAACGGACCCGGAUGCCACCACCUGGCUUCAAUCACAUGAAUGCCUUUGGUUUCGGUGUACCGAGAGCACAAGUUUCAGGCAGCAAAAUUCUUCCCUUCAUGAACUUAGCUAACAACACACCGCCACAGCAGCUACCACAACAGCCCCAGCCACCCAGUUGGGGUCAGCAGCUUCAGCAACAGCAGCAAUUUAUGGGAUUCCAGCAGAAUGAUCAGGCUCAUUUGGCACAAUCCCAACUGCCGAGCGGACACAGUAAACCAGGUUUUGGAAACAAUUUCGCCGACUGGACUUCGUUUGAUCCAGCCAUCGUCUCAUACCGUCAGUUUUCGUUCAUGAAUGGUCCCAAUCAGCCAGGUGAUAUGUUUCUGUCAGCUCAGCAACAGCAGCAGCAACAAAAUCAGCUGAAUCAGCCAGGCAUGCAACAACCAGGACAAGGAUUUGGACAUCACGGCAUUAGCUUGCAGUCGAAUAUCAUUGGCCAGCAACAACAGCAGCAGCAACAGCCGAGCAAUCCGCAAGCACAGGUUAAUUUCCCGCACGCCUCCGCCAACUGGCUCAACAGCGAACAGAGCUCCUACAUGAACAGUCUGCCGAAUGGAUUCGGCGCACCCAGCUUUGACAAGUUCAGCAUCCCGUUGCCACCGGGUUUCCAGGUAGCGGCAGCGGCAGCACUCACCAACAAGCAGAAAACCGAGUGCAUCAACUAAGAAGCCGCGCGACGAGUGACCAUCAAUAUCGUUUGAUUCCUUUUUCGGUAGCAACCCCGGAAGGCCGUAUUUUGCUUGUUGAGGGCGAGAGGCAGAGUUUAUUCGUUUUGUUUAUUAUUAGUUUUACUUUUCUGUGAUCCUAGAUUUUGUUGAGUAGUAGAAUUUGGUAGAAACAUGUUUUGGAUUUAGAAACGAGGAGGUAAAACGAGAUAGAUUCCAUAAAGAAAAACGAUACGAGACUAGGAGAAUAGACAACUCACAAAAGUAAAAGCAUUUGCUCUAGUUUCGAUACGUCAGUCAGUUUGCGUUUAGAUCUCGAAACUUCGUUUGCAGUCGUACUAUUUUCUCUAAAUAAAUCAUAUCAUCGAACAAGUGAUUCCUGAAUUCGAAUCAAAAGGAUCUUCCGGUUCAUCGAUCGAUGAAUUCACACUUCCAUCUGUUGUCUAACUGUUUGAAAUUUCUUUUAUCAAUAACAUUCAAUUUUUUGAAUAGUAUUUGAUCGAAGAUGCUGCGAAGCAAAGUUUCCUUCUUGAUAUUCUUGAUAACGUUACCGUAAGAUAUUACUGGCGGAUUUUUAACGCAAAAAUCAACAAAAGUCUUUUCGAAAUUGGUCCAAGUAUACGCCGUAUUUAUUAAUAAACAAACGAGCAGUAACAAUUUACGAGACAUUUUUUGGAGUCCUAUGAUACCCAGAUCACAAAGACUAUACCAUAGGAAAAAUUGUGAACAGUUCCACGUGAACACUUUUAACAUCACUUAAGUAAAUGAGAGUAGUUUCUUUUCAGUUAAUAAAUCAUCAAUUUUCACGACUACUUCCUGAACGUUCGUGUAUAAAGACACCUAAACAUUUUCAUUUUGCUAUUAAUACUACAUAGCUAACGAACAAUUAAUCGAAAAACAGAAUCUGUCAUUUGGUUUUGGGCCCUUUUGAAAUGUUUACAUCGAGUUGAUUUGAAACAAGAUUCAUGUAUUCUGGUAUAUUUAAAAUGCUGAAUAUGUGUGUUGCAUUCUUGAACGAAUCACAUUUCCAUGAACUGUGUCGUAUUGAAAAUUUCAUAUUUUUUGCUGUGAACUAAAGAAAGGAAACUUGAGUAACCAGAAUUGCUUCAUACUAAACAUUUUGGAGAUCAAAGAAGCGGAAAACGAUUUGACAGUUUAUUUGUAUAUUUUGUCCACAUAAACUGCGAUUUGGAUCCAUUUUUCAACGACUUGGUUUACUAAUUACUUUACAUUUGAUGUUCUUCUUACUCACUUUUGGUUGAGAGUGGAGAAAACAACUGCUACGAACUCCGAUUAGUUUGAUCUGUUACUGAAUCACCGAUAGAAAAAAUAUUCUAUCAACAUGGCUUAGCCCAGAAAGUGGAGGUUUUUUUCCUCAGUGUGUAAUGCCUACUGUGAGACAUAGCACUUUGUUUUCAUAUUUUAAGCAAUUGAAAUAUUAACGGCUUUCAGAUCUUUCUAUCAAUUACGUUACACCAAAACUGUAAAGCAUAGGUUUAAUAUACUGAGAUGAUCUGUUAAAUCGUUUUUGAACAAUAAAAAAAUUAUUGAGAAAAUCUAUAGUAAACAAUGAGAAAGUUUUCUGCUUGAAAGAGAAGAUUUAAACCAAUUUACGCGAUUUUUUUGGUAACGGGCAAUAAGCCUUCUGUCAACAUCCACUAUGAAAAAGGAUUGCAGGCAAAAUAAUAGAUAAAUAGAGCAUCUUUAUCUUCUUUCUUUGACAGCCAGACGGCUUGAUUUCUUCGGCACGAAUAGGUAACAAUCAAUCGGUUUAAAUAGGUCAGUGUUAAGUCAGAUAGGACUAAGCGACCUUUGAUUGGUUUUGAGAAUAAAAUAUUUUAUAUUAAAUGAGUGCAGACAGAUCUUCGCACUCAAAAUGCUUUUCUAAAUGAGGUAAUUUUGUUAGUUCGGAGAGCGUGACACCAGAUAGAAAAUAAUUUUCAUUUUGCAAAUUUUUCCAAAUACUUGCAGGAAAUACGAGCACCUGGCUCAAAUUCUAAAUAUAUCGGAAGUAAUCGUAGAAAACCAGUAAAUUUACAAAAAACCAUCAUUACAGGUGAAUAUAUAAAAAAAAAUAAUUGCGUGAAAUCAAAUCUUGGCACGUAGAUGUUUUACGUGGAACGGUUGUUUCAAUAUGACUUUUAACUUUUCGAAUGAUUUCGAAUCAUUCAACAGACCGAGAAACUGUUACUGACACGAAGCUUUCACGAGAUACAUCGUCCCAUAAUGAUGACUUGCAAGUUUUCAAAAAAAAAACAGUAACGCCAAACAGAGAGCAUGUACUAGAAUGACACGAAAUUAGAAAUUGACCAACUUCUCUUCAUUUGAAAUGUAACAAUUUGUUCAUACAAAGUUGAACCAAAACGAAAAUACUCUAAAGAAUAGUGCAGACAUCUCAAACCAUUGCAUUGUGGUCGCAGUUAUCUGGUCGAGGUCUCUCACCAACAAAAGACAGCUUUUCAGGUAUCUAUUCCUAACACAUUAGAAUACUAAAAUACUUUUUGGCACAAACUUUCUACCCCACAUAACAUAAUUCAGCUGGCAACCAAGACAAAGCUAUUAUACUUUAUUAAACAAUAUGCUAAAACGAUUACGAUUAACACUAGGAAAAAAAUAUUCAAAAAAUCUACUGCAACUACUUAGAGCAAAUCUGAGGUAUUAAGAAGGGAAUCCAAUGAUAUUGGAUAGCAUGAUGAAACAGAAACAAGACACAUACACACUUAUCUAUUAGUGAUCAAUAUCUGACAAAGUAAGCGACGACAUAUAAACGGUCAUAUUGCUAUAUUAUUAUUGUUAUUAUCAUUAUUAUUAUUAUUAUUCAUUAUGAAACACACAAAUACCCAAGCAAAUUUAAUACAUGCUAAACACUCAUCGUACAGCGACUGCAAGAUGGCAUCGCAUGCCGCGCGCUCAUGAUCAACCGGUGUGAGUUCCGUAGUGAUCGUCUCUGAUCUGAUGGAAAAUGACUGCACACGUUAAGGAUGCAAUUUUCUAUUUUCAUUUUAUUAGAAGUGAUCACCGGAGGAACUUAGACAAGCUUCUAUGCUAGUAGAGAAGCAUGAACUAUACCAUUGGCAUAAUAAAGAAAACAAAACACACGCCUUUAUGAGAAAGAAAGACGGUGACGAUGAAAACUAAGUGCUGUUGCUGAAUGUGCAAAAUGGAUGUUAAACAAUUGAGCAAAUGAUUGUGGGGGGGAAUAAAUGAUAAAUUAGAAGCAAACAGAUGCUGUUUCAGGAGGAUCCAAUAGACAAAUGAAGAGUCGAAAACCCCAAGGAAAUGGGAGGAACACAUUAUGACAUGUGAAAGACGAAAUAAAAUAAAAUGCUGUAAAAGAAAUAUUAUGAAAAGAAUCGUGGAAAUUGAAAAUAUACAUGGAAAACGCAUUAACAAAA